CCAACAUGCAAAGCACGUAACCAGAUAACGCUAUUGUUUUGCAGCGUUAUAUCUUUGACCAUCCGUCCUUCUUGAAGAACUCUUUCGCCCAGCAAAACUCUUUCCUACUUUUCUGUACGUACUAGUAGGAUAGCUGCCCCUUUAUACACACGUGAGCGGUGCUGCUAUGGCGGAGCCCGGAGAGGAGCCAGCUAGUGGGCCAGCACCAGACCCGAUUCUUUUCGAGCUUUACGGCUCAGAACGUCCACCCGUCGAGCUACUUCCUGGUGUAGCGCUAUCACCAAUAGUUAACUCAUGCUGGCUUCCUGGGGAUGCGAAGGCUAUGUUAUCAGAAAGCUGGAUUCCCGCGCCUCCAGAGGACGCGGGCGAGUCGACAGGCCCACCGCCUCCGUCGUUCGACGCUGCGGCUCCUGAGUAUAACGAGCUGGUGCGGCGGCUGGCGCGCUGCACCCCCUUCCUCAAGUGGAACCAGCUGACCAUUCAGGCGAAGGAGCUUGAGCUUGAGCUAGCUGGGUUGAAGGGCGCGGAGGCGGAGGCCAAGGCCGCGGAGCUGGAGGUCCUCCGAGUGGCCAUCGCGGACACGGAGGCGGCGGUGGCGGAACUGAAGGCAUCCUUCAGCGACGACCCGCUGUCGCUGGUGCCGUGGGUGCAGGCCCUGACGGACCUCGCAGACGCGGGCAUGACCACCUUUGAGGUGAGCGGCGCCGGCUGGCCCUAUUGCCCCCUGCGGCAACUGUUCGGCGAGCUGCCCUCGGCGGCACCGCCAGCGGGCUUCUUUGACGGAGCGGAGCGGGUGCUGGGCACCUUUAAACGGAGGUACGAGCGCGAGCGGGGUCCCGACCGCGUGCAGCUGCUGCUCAAGCUGGCUCCCAACGUCUUCACGGACGCCUGGGCCACCGGCGGGCCGACGGGCGCGGCUGCGGCGGUGGAGGCGUACGUGGAGCGGGCGCGGAGCAACGUGUACGGCGCGGAGGGGCUGACGACGCCGGAGGGGCUGCCGCUGCCGCUCGACCUGGUGCAGCUGGUGUGGUGGGACUUCCAGGCUUCUGACCCGCUUCCCGUUCUGAAGGCGCUUCAGCGGUUGGCAACAGACCAGCUGGAGGUGAACGAGGAGACGGGCGAGGUGGUGGUGACGGAGCCUCGGCGCAUCCGCGGUAUCGGGCUCGUUGACUUCCCCGCGGAGCAGCUGAAGGCGGUCAUACAGGCGGGCGUGCCCAUCACUUGCGUGCAGGUGGAGCACAGCGUGUGUGUGCGCAGCUCAGCGGCGGUGCUGACGCUGUGUGCGCGGUACGGCAUCAAGGUGCUGGCGCGCGGGGGCACACUGGGAGGCCUGCUGUCGGACAAGUACCUGGGGGCGCCGCCGCCGGACCCGGUCAAGGGCGACCCCGACCUGGACUCGGUGCCCGCCUGCCUGGAUAUGGUCAACAACAUCGGGGGGUGGAGCAAGCUGCAGGACGCGUUGACGGUGGUGAAGGGCAUUGCGGACAAGCACAGUGUGCGGCCGGAGACGGUCGCCCUGCGCUGGCAGAUCGACGUGGGUUGCUUCCCGCUGGUCACCACCCGCUGGGGGCAGCGCGUGUGGCGGCAGUUCGGCUACGAGGGUUGGGCGAGUGCGCAACGGAACGGCGGGAAACCAGGAGUGGACGCGGCGUUGUUCCAGGUGGAGUCGUUCCUGGAUGUGGACGAUGUACGGCAACUGGAGGGGCUAGCCACCGUGCAAGCAUGAGGAGCGAGGGGCGGCGGGUGAGGAGCGGACUUGUGGGGGAUGCCAGGCCCUUACCGGCCCAUACAUAAGAGCAUAGGAGUGGCGUGACGGGGGGGGUGAGCAGGGUCAGAGAGGGAAAGCGGGUAGGGCGAAAAGGUAAGGAGAUAUCGUGAGGUCGCUCCGGUAGUGAUGAUGCUUUUGGGAAACGGGUGCAAUGUGGGCGUUAACGGUGCUGUCAUGCCGUGAGGGCAGGCCCCGUAUCUAGAUAGCGGAAGGGGUUGGCGUGCUUGUGCAGUAAGUGGGUCUCGUUGUGAUCUGGUUAUUAUAACUGAUGAAGCAUAAUGGUAUACUUGACUUGUUCUGACCACUCCUGCGCAUGUCGGAAUGUGCUGACACCAUUUAGACACGUGCCGAGUAAGACGUGUUUUGUGGUGUCUCGGUACCUGAUGGCAGGGACUAGUAGGAUUCGCUGUGAAUGCAAAUACCGUUUAGCAUGAUGAUGAAUUUACGAUGUAGCUGUGCACCGAGAUGUGGGGUAGCUGGGAUGUGAGGUGGGGAGGCUGUUUAACGCAACGAGAGGUAGGCUACGGCACAUGUGACACGCAACCAUGAGAGGCUUUUCUUGAGUACGUGUUUUGCAAAGUCUGAGAUGCGCUGUAAAUGCUGCAGCAUGUUUCCACCGGCACCUGUG